GAUCCUUUUGCCAUACAGUAUUUCAUUCCAUCGACUGAGAAUAGCAAGCAAGAGGAGGAAAGAAUAGGUCUAAAAACUCGAAGAGCAGUCCGUAGCCAACCAGCGUGUGCCGAAGAUACCGAGCAAGCCUUAUUUAAAGCUAGGACUUUCUCUCCCCCCCCCUCCAAUAUCUCCCAUCUGCCUCAUUCCUUCGCCCAAAAGCCCGAAUAAUUUCCGUCUCUCAUCAUCUCCCAUGCUGCCUCUCAAAUCCAAAUCCCGCCUCGACACAGUCAUGCGCUCCCUCCGGCUGCGCCGGGCCCGCGACGAAGAUGUUCCCGCCAUGGCAGCGCUCGACGUCGCCGCCUUCCUCGACAGUCCCAUGCACAAGGCCAUGUUCCCCAAGCGCCUGCGUAUAAAGCCCGGCAUCCAGGACCAGCUCGAGUGGAACAUCUCGCGGAUGCGCAAGGGGCUGGCCGACCCGAACCUGCACUAUCUCGUCGUGCUGGCCGAUGCGGCCGAGGAAGGGGAGAUUAUCGUAGGAUGCGCCGAGUGGUCGGCGCCGGCGGCGGACGGUUGCGGUGCUGGAGAGUUUGAGGAUGACAAGGGGAAGACGGCGGAAGAGAAGGCCAAGGAUAUGGAGCUGAGGCUGGCGAGGCUGCCUCCGUUUUUGGAUAAGGGGGCGCUGCUGGAUGCCAAUGAUGAAGUGAUGGAGUUGAUUGAAAAGUCCAAGGAUGCAUUCAAGGGGGAGAAUAGGCAUGAUAUGUGGACCCUCAACUCCAUCUCCGUGGACGGCGACUAUCGAGGUAUCGGCAUCGGCAAGAUGAUGACACGAUGGGGAAUGGACAGGGCAGACGAAGACAAGAAGGGCAUAUGGAUCAUCUCAUCUUCACUGGGCCAGCAGCUGUACAAGUCGCUGGGGUUCAAGCAAGUUGCCCAGGGCUCGAGACUGGGCGAGCCGCAGUACCUCAUGCUGAAAUUUUACGAACCCAAGCCAGAGCCCGCGCAAGAGACCGCGCAAGAGACUGCGCAAGAACCUGUGCAAGAGCCUGUACCAGAGUCUGAGAGAGUUCCCGAGCUUGAGCCCAUGGCUAUGCCUCAGCCUAUGUCUGUUCUUGAGCCUGUGGCUGUGGCCGUGGCCGUGCCCGAGCCUAUGCCCGAGCCUGGGCUAAAUGGGGUGAGCACUACGGCGUAACAUGUAUCAGCAGAGGAAUAUGGACUUUUGGAUUUUAUUGAAACUAGGAUGGGAUGAAGGCGUUGGAUUUGAUGGUUGGUUUUCUUUGAAUUUAUAACACUUUUACAUACCGUAGAUUGGAUUCUGGCACAUGCUAGGUAGUUUGGGCGUAUAAUCUCAGCGUCAGCGUAUCAUAACAGCACUUGGAAGUUUGCGUAG